AUGGAGCCGCGAGCAAGAGCCGGCAAAAAUGUCGGCAAAAUGAACUUUUCCCACAACGAGCUGGCGCAGCUCCUCUUUGCGCACGGCGACGUCAAGAACCCGCUGCCGGAGACGGUGCGCGUGCUCGACGAGAUCCUGACCGACUUUAUGCAAUCCAUUGCCUUCGAGGCCACGCGCGCCGCUCACUACUCGGGCCGCCAGAAGAUCAAAUAUGAGGACUUUGAGUUUGCCUUUCGCAAGAACCCGGCCUUCCUCGGCAAGGUGCAGGAGGUGUUUGAGAAGCAAAAGGAGAUCAAAAAGGCGCGCGAGAUCCUCCGCGACGGCGAGGACGAGAUCAUGAAGGACGCGGCCGAGGAGGAGAAGAGGAGGGAAAAGGUCGACGAGAGGCCGCCGCGUGCCCGGGCCGAGGAGGAGCUUGGGGAGGCCGACGACGAUGCCGAUGCCGAGGCCGAUGCCCUGGGCAAGAAGCGAUGA